UAGAGUUAAUUAUCAAAUUUAUAUACAUACACAUAAAAUUAUUAGGUUUAGAAAAGUACAUAAAUAGUUAAUGUUGAACAAGUAGAUACAAAUUUUGUCAGUGCAUAGCGUAUUUAGGUAUGCGGAAUACAUUUGAUUAUUAGCUAACUUUUGUUCCAGUUGUAGUAUUAAAACAAACAAAUUUUGUUCCUGCUAUGUGAAAAAUACGUAAAAUUUAUGGUUGCAUUAAUAGAAGAUACCGGAUUACUUCCUGAAAUUCAUGAGCUGCUUAAAAAUAUCUUGUACAAUGAAAGUCUUUCUGAAAAUGCUGUCAAAAAAAUCACACAGUUUAUUGAAAAGUUGGAUGCACUUUUAGUUCCUCCAUUAUUGCCACCUCAUGUUCCUGUUAAAACUGGUUCCAUUUUUCAACCAAACCCUGUUGAAGAUUUUGAUAUUACAUCUCCAGAAUUUUUAAAAGAACAAAGGGAAUUAUCACGUCAGGGUACUAUUUGGAAAGGAAAUGAUUUUGUACCAGAAUCUUUAAAUUUUUUUAAAAAAGAUCAUAUGAAUUUAAGUCAGGUCAGUGAUUUAAAAAGAAAAAAUGUUAUUAAAAUAAAAGUUUCACCAAAAGAUGAUAAAGAUGCGAUUUAUGAAAGAAUUGAUUCAUGUGAUGAAAACAAUGCUAACAAAGUUUCCCAGAUUAAAUCAACCAUACCUAUACGAUCAGAUAUUCCUCCUCCUGUUCCAAAACGUAAAUGUAGGUUAACCUCAAAUGAUAGAAAUGCUGCAUCUCCAAUACUUGAUAGACAAAGAAGUUCAAAUAAAGAUUUAGUAUGGGUUCAUGAUCUUCAAACUCCUUUAUAUUCUGGUUUACUGAGGAAUAUUCGCUCAAACACAAAACAAUGGUGUGUUAUUAAACGACAUAUUUUGUACCUUUUCAAUGAUCUAAAUGAACCUGCCUCUUUUAUGGCGGAUCUGCAUGAAUAUGAGGUAUUCAAAGAUCCUGAGGAACCUUUAAUAUUUAGAGUCAGACGAUCAGGUGAGCCUACUGUUAAACUUGCAGCAGUAGAUGAGAAACAAUACCAGUUGUGGCUGCAUGCUUUCCGAAAUGCAAAGUUUCUUGUAGAUUCAGAAGAUGGUCGUUUAGAUAAUGCAGGUGAAUUAGGAGACUAUUCAGAGUUUAAAGAUUCAGGUGGAUUUGAUGAAGAAGAUAUUUCUGAUGUAGAGCCUUAUGAAACACCAGAUGAAAUGAUAAAAAAGCUAAACACUAAAAUGGUUCCUAAAGGUUAUGAAGAUUAUGAAGUAAUGACUAGCUAUGAUAGAGCUGGUAUUGUUGGUGAUGGUGUUGCAGAUCAAGUAUCGUAUAACUAUGAAGAAAUAGGUUUUCCUGCUUCCUCUAACAGUUCAAAGUUUAAUAUUGAUGACAAUGCAGACUACAGCGCAAUGCCUUUACCACCAUUACCUAAUGAUAUACCUCCUGAGCUACCCCCUAGAACUUCACAACUUCAAGUGGAAACAAAUAUUUAUUCAGACAAUGAUUCUCUUAGUUCUUCAUUUGAUUCUCUUUCUUCUGAAGAAAUGGGCUUCACUUCUAAUCAAAAUUCUACAGAUAAGCAAAGUAAAACUAAAUGGGAAAAAGAAAUCUCAUUUUUUUAUGAUUUAUCUGCUGUGUUUUGUGGAAUUUUGCACCAGAGAAGGAUGCCAGCAAUAUGGCAAAAGCGUUACUGCAAAGUUAAAGAUCAAUGUUUGAUUUGUUACAGAAGUCCUGAUGUAGCUGAACCUUACCUAAAAAUUCAGCUACAUGGAUACCAACUUGAUCGUGCUGAAGAAACCUGGAAAAGUUUUGCUUUUAAAAUGUUUAAAGUUAAUUCUGAUGUCUAUUAUUUUGCUGCUGAGUCUAGAAGUGAACUUAUAAAAUGGCUUUCAGUUCUUGCAAAAGAAACAAAUAAAGAUAAAUUUCUGCCAGGAUCAAUGGAACGAAAAAGGGCCAUGACAGAUAUAAAGCAAAUAAGUUGCAGUGAAUUUGAUACUUCCAAUGAAAGUUUGUCUAACACAGUAUCUAAGAAACCUAUCACUGAUCUAAAUUCUGAGUUUGAACAAAACUCAGCUGAAAAAGAAGAAAACAAUAACAUUCUCAAAAUAAGCAAGGAAAAUUCUUAUGAAGACCAUGGUGUUGUUAUGCAAGGUGUUUUGCUUAGAAAGCUUAGAAACCAUUGGGGUCGUCGGUGGUGUUGCCUAAAAGAUGAGAGUUUCUUUUGUUAUAAGGAUUCUACUAAUGAUGACCUGGAUGUUAAAAUAAUUCUUAAUUGUGCAACCUUGACACUUCUUCAUAAUGGUGAUAUAGGUGAAGUAAAUUGCUGUUUCCAGUUAUGUACCAAAGAAGAUCAAAAGAUUGUUCUAAGUACAGUUACUAACAAUGAUUGGUUGGAAUGGAUAAGCUCAUUAAAGAAAUUUGUUGGCAGUGUAUGCGAAAAAAAAAUUUCUUACAAUAAUGUUUCUCGAUUAUCUCGAUCCUAUUCUCAUUCAUUAAAAGAUGCUAUUUACCAUGUGGAGGUGUCUGAUUCCGAUUAUCCAACAUGUAAUGAAUCAGCCCCUUCUACUGCAUUAAUUGAGCGAAAAGUUUACAAUACUUCUGAAAGAAGUAAAACAGAAAUCAAAGAUUCUAUAUAUUGCGGUUUGGUGAUUGAACUUCAAGCUUUAAAACAAACUUUUCAACACAUUGAAUACUUUAUGGUUCUUACCAAAGAUAAAUGGUUGAAAUUUUACAGUGACAUAACAGCUACAAUUCCAACCACUCAAUAUAAAGCUUUAAAUGUUAAAGUUAUUGAUGAAAAUGGAACAGAUCCUUUAAUUUUGCGUUUACAAGAUGAGACAAAAAACAAAGAAAUUACUUUGAAGUUAAAUUCCACCAGAGAAUGUCAAAACUGGAAAAAUGCUUUCCUUAAAGUGCACUAUGAACAAAUUGAUGCAGAUGACAUUUUGAUAGAUAGACUAAAAGAAAACUACCCUAAAGUUGUAAAUAAAAAAAAUAAUGAACCUAUACAUUUGCCUUUAAGUAAAUCUGUGUCAAAUAAAGAAGGGAAAAAAAUAAAAGAACAAAAUGGGUACUCAAGUUCUUCUUUAGCCAAAUCAUUACCAGGUUAUAGCAGUACUGGAAAACGAAAAUCUAUAGAUCCAAUAUUGAGUUAUAAUACUAAGUCAGAGAAACAAAGUUCUAAUGAUCCACAGAAAAAAACUAUUUCAGAAUUCAUACGUAGUUUUACUGUGGACACGCUUACUAGAAAAAAUAAAAAUAAAUCUUAUGUGUUGAACAAAGAAGAUGUUUCAUUGCUUAAAGAAACAUAUCGAGGACAUUUAAAACAGGUUAUAAGAAAAGAUGCAAAUGAAAUUCUUGAAGAUCGGUUCUGUCGAAUAUCAGGAAAAGUGUUUUAUUGUUAUAGAAAUGAUUCCGAUCUUAAACCUUUAUUUAAGGUUCCUCUAAAGAAUGCUGCAAUAGAAGAAUUUUCAGAUAUAGAUAGUUCACUUUAUCGAUAUCAAGUAACUGAUUUAAAUUUAGGGAAAGAAUAUUUAUUUUCCCUGGAUUCAGAUGCAGAUCUUAAUCUUUGGGUUACAGCCCUGUUCGGAGGUGACAAACUUCAAGACUCUCGUGACUCACCUAGCAAUUCAAAUAAAAGCUUACCUUCUUACAAUAUGUAUGAUAGCUCUAGAAAGUUAUCUUUAUUGUCAUUUUCAGAAGGGAAAAGCAAUGUAAAUGAUUCAAAUGCUUUAACUGCAAAUACAUUUAGCACACAGUCAAGUUCUAUUAAUUCUCUUGCUGAUUCAAAUACUGUUUCAGGGCAUAACACUGAAAUUAACUCAGCGCAUGACUCUCAUUCAAGUCUUAUUUCUUUAGGGGAAAAUGCUUUAAACAUGAAUCCAGCACCUGAUUUGCUUCCAAAAAUUUCUAUUGAAAAUUCAAGACUUCAAGGCAAUUUUGUUGAAAUUACUAAAACUACUCAAGAUAACCGUUGGCUUGUUCUUAAAGAUUCGAUAUUAGAAGUUUUCUCCAAUGCUCAAGAUUCACAACCUGUUAAUGUAAUUCAACUCUCUAGUUAUUUUAUUACAGAUAAAAGUGAUGAGUCUUUACCAAUAAAUGCAAUUUGCUUUCAAGGUGAGAAUAACUCUUAUGUAUUUGUGGCAUCUAAUAGUGAGACAUGUGAGAUAUGGACAAAGGAGUUAAAAGCCACCCAUAAUAUAUAUACCCAAGUUGUUAAUAAUGAUCAGAACAAUGACUUAGCUGCUUCUGUAGUCUUGCGUAAAAAGCAACCCAAGUUACUUAAACAAGCCAGUAUUUCUAUGUCAAAUGAUGAUAUAAACCCAAUAACAAAGUAUGAGAAAAGUGAAGAUCCAAGCACUAUAUCCGGAGGUCUUACUGAACUGGUGCCAUCAAGCAAACAGAAAUGGAAGAAGAAAAAUCGAUAUUGUAGGAUUUGCCAGGGUUUUUUUUACAUUUCAAAGCUAACCAAUACUAAAAAGAUUAUCAAAUCAAUUGAUCUUUCAGGAGUUUCUGUUAUGGAUGAAAGCGAUCCAGUAGCAGAUAGGUUUGUAUUUAGACUAGACUAUUUACAAGACAAUAAAAAAAGUUUUGCUCUCUUCCAAACAUCGAAUCAAACUCUAUCUGAUAAGUGGAUGGUUGCUGUUUCUAUGGGAAUACUUUUCCACAGACUUUCUAGAACAAUAGAUCGGAAAUCGUUGAAAAAUGAAGAUACACAUGAGGAUUUUGAAUUUUUCAGUUUUUCAAAUCCAUUGUCAGAGGAGGGAGUUAGCAAAUUCGAACAAUCAGAACAAAGCAAGUUAUCAGAUGAAACUAGAAAGGAUUUACUUGUAAAUGAGGGAGUCUUGCUUGAGUCGCACUCACUGGUUGAAUCUUUGAUUUUUGAAAAACCUUCAGUAACUGUUUCAUUAUCAGAUAUUGUGAACCAAAAUAUAGAUAAUAAGGAUUUAUUAAUAUCUAAAGACAAUGGUGAACAAAAAUAUAAAACAGAAAAAACAAAACCAGAGGUUGAGGCCUCAGCAUCAACAAAUAUUACUGAUAAUAGAUCUUUUCAAAAUAAUAUUUUGGAAGAAAAUAAAUUUAAUGAUUCGAAUGAUAAUCUCAACGAAUUAGGUGAGCUCUUAGAUAACAUUCCAGAAAAAGAAAAUGCUGACGAGACUUUUAAAAAUAUCAAAGGAAUCCUUCGUCAGCAGGAAAGCAUUCGAAGAGCUAUUCUUAAACGUCAAAGUACAAACUUGAAAAAACCUCCGCCAAAAAUUAAACCUAAACCAAUCAAGUUAAAUGCCUCUAAAACACCGGCGACGACGACAACAACUACUGUUUCUGGUUUAUCUAGUCCUAAUUUGGUUUCUUUGGAGAAAUACAAAGCACAGUUAGAGAACAAAAAAGAAAAUCUUAUAAGUUGCAUCAAAGACAUGAACAUUCAAGUUUCAAAUGCCAGAGUUCAGAGUGACUGUAGUUCCGGGAAAUUAUCUUCAAAUGAAAAAAUUUUACUAGAGGAGUUGCAAAGGCUGCGAAUAAAUUUACAUCAAGUAGAAGUUGAACUGAAUACAGUAUACAAAAAUAUAAACCGCAAAGUUGCGACAAAUAUACAAGAAUCUGAUAAGACUCCAUCACUGCAACUUCAAAGAACCUUAACUUCCAAAAAAAAUGGAGAACGUUUGUCUAAUUUUCUUACUGAAAAUGAUGAAUCUAAAAUAGAUCAGCCUUCAGAUACUCAAUCGGUUAUAAUUUAGUUUGCUAUAUGUAUUUUUAAAUAUUUUUCAUUAAUUUUCGGUGUUUUUUGAAUCGUUUUUUUUUUAACAAAGUAUUUUUAUAUGGUCUAAUUUUUAUGUAAUUUGGAGUGAGACGCAACAGCGAAAACAGCAUGUAUUUUUUUAGUGUCGCGGUUAAUACAACAUUUUUCUUGGCUUUUAUAGUUUUUUAUAAACAAUUACUAAAUUUUUUAUCGUUAUUUUUACUGUUUCUAACAACUUAGUAAAAAAAAAAAAAUUAACAUAUUUUCUCUUUAUUUUAUGUUUUUCUUUAAUUUUUGUUAAAAAAUCUUUGCGUAAAUAAAAUUAAAUUUUUUUUAACUUAUUCAGUCAAAAAUAAUAAGUUGCAACCUUUUUUAAAGUCACAUGUAAGCAAUCUCCGGUCGGCGAGUGAACUGAUAAAUUAUACGAAUGCAGAUAAGUAUUACUGUUAUUAUAACACUGAUUAUGAGAAAGAAAAAAAAUUGAUUUUUGAAUUAUAUUUUUAAGGUGUCUUCUUCUAAAUUCGGCUCGCCGACCGCAGUUUGCUUUCAUCUUUCAAACCUUAAUAAAUACAAUUUUUGUAUAUAUUAUACUUUUUUUGUAAAAUGUUUUGUUUUUGCAUUGCUUUUUAAAGCUACUGUUUAUAUGAACCUAUUGUAUUAUAAUUUAUAACAUUGAUGUAUACUUAUUUAUAACAAAUAUAGAAGUUGAACACUU